UGGCGGCUUGGGCUCAGACCGGAAGUGGUUCGAAGGGGAAGGCGCUACCGGCCGGGGCCGCUCGCCAGCCGGGGACCUGACAAGGCGAUGAAGCCAGCCGUGGACGAGAUGUUCCCCGAGGGCGCGGGGCCCUACGUGGACCUGGACGAGGCAGGAGGAAGUACAGGUUUAUUGAUGGACUUAGCAGCUAAUGAAAAGGCAGUUCAUGCAGAUUUCUUUAAUGAUUUUGAAGAUCUUUUUGAUGAUGAUGACAUUCAAUGAAAUUACUCGUUCAGCUAUGCAAUGCUAAGGUGUGGAAUCCUCCUGUAGGAUUGUUGCUUGUUUGCUUUUUUAAAAAAGAAACCCAGAGAGAAUCUGUAUGUUAUCUCUAAAGAGCCAUUGGAAACUAGAAGAUUGGUAAAGAUGACAGAAGAAAGAAGUUGCGAACUGUUAUCACUAGGUUACGUGUAGAUUUUCUUCAAUUUUAUUUGCUGAUGUGCGUGUUGAAUAAAAUAUGAACAAAAUCUCUCCCUGUGAUGUACUUUCAGUUUAAUAGAUGUUGUCACGGACUGAAAUUCCCUGAUGAGCCAUAAUUUUGUAAAAUCAUUCACCAUUACUUUUAUUUAUUAGGCAAAGACAAACUGCAAGAUUUACCAUCUGCUGGAUGAGUUUUGUUUCUCAUUGUGUGGGAUUAAGCUAUCCAGUCUUUCUCUGAGUAAAACAUUGAAUAUAUUUGUGUUUUUACACAUGGCGCUAUGAAGGGAGUGUGCAUUUUACAAUUUCAGGUUUUAAUAAUAUCCAAUUUCUAUAGCUAUUUUAGCUUCCGUCCAGGACAUUUUUUUCAAUAACAAUAAAUACAGCAAUAAUGUAAUCUUAAAAUACUAAAAUGAAACACAUUUUGUGAUCCUGGAUCAUACUGUAGGAAUAUUGAUUUAAAAUACCCAGAUCUAUUUUAAUGUUAGAAAAUAAAUUCUUCCUUCACUGA